GUACUCUCCCACACCUCUACCACCACCAGCGUGUUGUCACCGCCAUCUGAGCGCCUCCACUCCAGUGCUUCCAACCCCAACCUCCUUCAGUACAGCAAUGGUACCAACCUGUCCCACCCGGUUGUCAACUCCAGCGAGUUUGGGAGCAGCGGCAGCAGCAGCCGAGGACGGCUGGCCAGCGGAGCUUCAUCAGCAGUGGUUCAUGAGAGGAUCCAGGAGAUCAAACUGCGGGAGAGUUUCCUGUCCCUGGCUCAGCAGC